UCAGCACCAUGACUACUUCUGGGCAUGGAACAAAGAGGAUGCUCUCCCGGGGCCCCGCGCUGUUCCUGGCGCCGCUGCUGCUCCUGUGCCGAGUGGUGGAGAGCCGAGGAGGGAUCAUGGACAGCAUCCAGAGAUUCUCAAACCUGCCAACGUAUCUCCCUGCGAGCCCUCACGUCUCCAACGCUGAUAUUUUCUUCUUCCUCAAAGAAGCCAACCAGGAUAUCAUGAGGAACUCCAGUUUGCAGUCUAGGGUGGAUUCAUUCUUUAUAUACAAAGCCAAGCAGCCACCUGUCCUAAAUGCCACGUACGGACCCUUUUCUGUUGAACAACCCGUUCCCUUGGACCUCAUGCUGACUUCUGCAUCUUUUGGUUUCACAAAUAAAUUCACUUUUAAUUGGAAAUUAAAAUCCCACAUAAUCAACAGCUCAAUCUAUUCCAACAAACCUAAAAUACAAACCUUGUUCUAUAUUGCGGGGAAGGACUGGGAUGACUACGACUCUGAGGAGAUGCUGCCUUGUGUGAAGAUGUUUGCUUUCCUGGAGUCCAGAGAAGUGGUGGCCAGCUGUAGAUUGACAGGCCACCUAGGAUUAUGUGUUGUGGAGUUGGAAUUGUCUCCCAGCUGGUUCAGCUCCCCUCCACCUCUGGUUUCAGAGGAAACAUCCUCCCUGGAAGGGAUUACUGUGGAGCUCUUCUAUAAGAUUUAUUCAGUGGAUGGGGAAUGCUCUCCAGAGGAUGCAAAAUGGGAAAACAAUAUCCAUGCAGGUGAAGAGAACGAACACCAAGCUUUGUCAGCUAUGGAGAGGAUUGGUAGCAUCGUUGUUUACCCAAAUCAAGACAAAUUAAAGCAAUCUUCACUGAGGGUGGAUGAAAAUAUCCUUAUUCACUUGCCACUCAGCCCAGUCAGAGAGGGUGACAUUGUGACCUUCCAUGUUUUCCUGGCUGAUUACUCACUAGCAGACCAGUUUGUAUUAAGGAUCAGGACGGCCCCAGGGGUGAAGAUCUCGGACAUCAGGGUCAGCGAUGCCGACCAGUGGGGUGUGCAGGAGGAGACGGACAGCGCCAGCACCACAGCCACGCUCACCUGCGUGCACAACGACCCCGGCGCCGAGGACAGAGCAAACAUGACCUCCUACGAGAUCCUGCAGAUGGAUUUUGAGAUCGACAAUGCCAGCAGCCUGGCAGGGGCCCAGCAGAUCACCUGGCAGGUGGAAUAUCCACGGGACGACUCCGUCAGCGAGCUCGUGGUGUCCGAGAUCUUCGUCAGCCAAACCAUGUUCGUGGGAAUUGUUCCUCUUGCCAUGGACACAGAAAUCCUCAACACAGCCAUCCUCACGGGCAGGAUGGUGGCUGUUCCAGUCAAGGUGGUGGCAGUGCAGGAGGACGGCUCCGUGGUCGACGUCUCGGACUCCACCGAGUGCAGAUCUGCUGACGAAGACGUCGUAAAGGUUUCUGACAGCUGUGACUCCAUCUUCGUUAAUGGCAAGGAAAUGAAGAGCAAAGUGGAUACGAUUGUUAACUUCACUUACCAGCAUUUCACCACCCAGCUGGAAGUGACGGUCUGGCUUCCCAGGCUCCCGCUGCAGAUUGAGAUCUCUGACACAGAGCUCAGCCAGAUCAAAGGCUGGAGGAUUCCUGUCACCUCCAACAAAAGGCCCACCCGCGACAGCGAGGAUGAGGAGGAUGACGAGAAGAAAGGCAAAGGCUGCACCCUGCAGUACCAGCACGCCUUGGUGAGGGUCCUGACCCAGUUUGUGGCCGAAUCCUCAGAGUUUGGGGGCCAGCUGAGCUUCCUGCUGGGCUCGGAGUGGCAGUUCGACAUCACCGACCUGGUGGCCGAUUUCAUGAAGGUGGAAGAGCCCAAGGUUGCCAAGCUCCAGGAGGGUCGAGUGCUGGCUGGGCGUGAGCAGGGCAUCACCACCGUGCAGGUUCUGUCCCCUCUCUCGGAUUCCAUCCUGGCAGAGAAGACAGUGAUCGUUCUGGAUGACCGGGUGACCAUCUCAGAGCUGGGGGUGCAGCUGGUGUCAGGCUUGUCUGUGUCCUUCCAAAGCAGCAAAGGAAAUAAGAGAGCCCUCGUUGCUACCACCUCUGCCCACGACAUCCUGCGCAGCCCCAAACAGGAGGCCGUGGUGAGUGCCUGGGUUUUGUUCAGCGACGGGUCGGUGACGCCCUUGGACAUCUACGACUCCAAGGACUUCUCCAUCUCCAUCACGUCCCUGGAUGAGAUGGUGGUGUCCUCCCAGCAGAGCCUUCAGUCCCUCUGGCCCGUCGUGGUGGCCGAAGGGGACGGGCAGGGGCCUCUGAUUAAAAUCGAGAUGGUCAUCAGCGAGACCUGCCAGAAAACCAAGCGCAAGAGCGUCCUGGCUGUCGGGAAAGGAAACGUCAAGGUGAAGUUUGGCCAGAAAGAUCUGGACCAAAAAGGGAGCACCAACGACAUCGAUGACCUGGAGAAAGAUUUCAAAAGCCACGCAGGCAACGCUAUAGAGAAAGCUGCAGAACAAGAGAGGACAGCACAAGACUGGUCCAAAAACCACGAGGAUGUGUCCGGUCCUGAGGACAAUGCAAACAAAAGCACAACUUUCAUAUCUCCCGUUGAUCAGGAGUCCCUGGAGGAUGGCCAGCUUCAAAACAACCCAACUGCCUUCACAGGUUUCCCUACACAAGUAGAAAUUCCAGGAGAAAACAAUCCCAGCGAUCUCUCAUUGACUUCCAGAGGAUUGACAGACCUGGAGAUCGGCAUGUACGCGCUGCUCUGUGUUUUCUGCUUGGCAAUCUUGGUCUUUUUGAUUAACUGUGUGGCAUUUGCUUGGAAGUACAGGCACAAAAGGUUUGCUGUGAGUGAGCAAGGCAACAUCCCCCAUUCCCAUGACUGGGUCUGGCUUGGAAAUGAGGUGGAGCUCCUGGAAAACCCAGUGGACAUUUCGCUCCCGUCGGAGGAGUGCACUACCAUGAUUGACAGAGGGAUGCAGUUUGAAGAAAGCAACUUUCUCCUUAAUGGGAGUUCUCAGAAGACUCUUCACAAUCAUAUCCUCAGAUCUUCUGAGUACCUUUGUGAAAAAGAAGUUAAAAGUGAACCUAUAAAUCCUUCUGGGCCAAAGCAGAAGCGAGUAAAGUUCACUUCAUAUACAACAAUACUGCCGGAGGAUGGAGGCCCCUACACCAACUCAAUUCUAUUUGACAGUGAUGAUAAUAUUAAAUGGGUAUGCCAAGAUAUGAAUCUUGGCGAUUCCAAGGAACUUAGGGACUAUAUGGAAAGACUGCAAGACAAUAUGUAAAACUACUUUCUUAUGUUUGUAAUCACCUUUAUGCCUUCUGUUUAUGGAUGGUGGAGCAGUCAGUCCAGUCAGCAAUAGGAACAAGACAGUCCAACCCUGGAGGUACUGAGAUGAUAACCUGAUAUCAGAGAGCAGGUCCAAGAGGCUGGCUGAGUUAAUCCUGUUUCACCACAAACCAGGAUGUGCCCCUAAAACAGCUCCCUGUAGGUGUUGGAGGUGUCACACACACGAUGGCUGUUUUUGUAUACUGCCUGGUACUAGCAAAAUGCUAAUCCAACUGCGCUCCGGCUCACAGGAGACUUCAUUUGUUUGCCAUCUCUCAUGAUAAAUGGUAAAUCAGAAAAGAAAGGGAUGUUUGUUUGCAUUGAUUUUUUCUAGUCGUCGUCCUUUGUAAAGCACAGUGGACAUUUCUUGCUUACAGCCUGAGAGGAGGCUCACGGAAAAAGGGAUCGGAAUGAAUCUCAUUUUAUUGCCUAUGUGCAAUGCAGCCAACUAGUCUUAUUAUUUUUUACAGAUAUAAAAACCCCCAUGUGGUUAAUUUCUUCUUAUAUUGUUUGUGAAUUUUAUUUGACUUAGGGAACAUUAAAUAUUUUAUUUGAAGGGGUUUGAUUUUUUUUUUUUUUUUUUUUGGUUGUACCAAAGUGUAGUACAGUAAUAUUUAUAAUGAUUUGAGUUUUUUAUUCAUCUGCUUCAGCCCCCCAGAGAUACCUCCUUCAUUGCUGGUUAUCUUCCUCCUUUCCAUAUGGGUC